AUGACCAUCAUCCUCGUCGUCAACCAAGUUCAAAGUAAACAGACGGCGAUUACUAGAUGUACCACGGCACAAACCAAUUCAAGCAGUGCAACAACAACGAGUUCGGUUAAUGACUACUGCGAGGAUGUAGAAAAUUGGAGAAUCAUACGUAAUGCUGUUCUAGCAGGAAUUCUCAUACUAUUCGAGGUAUUUUUCGGUGGUGUCGCUUCGCGCUAUGCCACGGAACUUGAAACUGCCUACAAAAACAAACGCAGGCGUGUUAUUCCCUCUUUAAGUCUGUCGGCCGGAAGCCUCAGUUCCAAGGAGUACGACCCGCACGCACAUCAUCGUCCGGUCAAAGUUUAG